AUGCUAAAGGAGCGAGAGAGUUUGGAGGGGUCGCCCGCUACUCCAGAUGAAUGUGCCGGCUGCGGGGGGAGGAUACAGGACAGAUAUUACCUGCUGGCAGUAGACCGCCAGUGGCACGGCUCUUGCCUACGCUGCUGCGAGUGUCGAUUGCCACUUGACUCGGAACUGACUUGCUUUUCUCGAGAUGGAAAUAUUUACUGCAAAGAAGACUACUAUAGAAUGUUCUGCGUGAAGCGUUGCGCCCGGUGUGGGAACGGUAUCACAGCUAAUGAGCUGGUAAUGAGGGCCCGCGAUAUGGUCUACCACCUAACGUGCUUCACCUGCGUAGCGUGUGGUUCACUGUUAUCCAAAGGCGACGUGUUUGGGAUGAGAGACGGGCUUGUUUACUGCAGACCACAUUACGACAGCGCCUGUAUGGACGAUUAUUGCGAGGAUGAUGUAAACCGUGUCUAUCGGUGUCAAGAAAUGCAUAGGGAGAGUGAUUCUCCGUCACAGUUCUACAACGGAGGACCAAGUCAUAAAGGACGCCCUAGAAAGAGGAAACUAGGUUCUCCUGAGGAUUUGCAAGUUCAAACUAUGAGAAUGGCCAGCACAGCACUUG